AACGAUUAAUUGCUCCUUUUUCUCCAUUUUCAGGCUCAUCUCCUAACGACGAGUACAACGCAAAAUCUUCCAACGCAUCCGCUAACUAGAAAUGAAGACGAAACCGUUUCUACCGCUCCACUAGAUAACUACGAAGGAAGAAGACGUCGUCGUUUGGGAAGAAAACGCAAACGUAGGCCACUACAUGACGAUUACUGGCAGGGAGGACCCGGUCCAAGAGAUGAAACUGAACCGGAGCAAAUCUACCGGGAACCGGAACCAGAACGAAAGCGGCCCUACUCUCGCUGGGAACGUCAACGUCCGGCCGAUCGGUGGGCCAAUCCCUAUACCGACGCCGUUGAUCCACACUCCACGUUCAGCAGCGAUCCACCUUCUAUCCGACGGCCUUACGAACCGUACAACAAUCGAGGCAACCGAGAGAAUUUUCAACCUAUUGACUCCAAUAGGCAAAGAAGACUUCCCAGACCGGAGGAGCAUCCGACUCCCGGAUCCGGGCACAAGGCCUAUCGUAAACCAUAUUCACAAGCCAAGCGAAACGAAGAAGAAGGUGGAUCGUCUGACGAACAAGGUAAAACCGCUGCUGCCGACCUGAAAGCCCUGCUGAAACAAUCAGGAGGAUUGAGUCUAAGUGAGAUUCUACAGCAACGAAACAUUUCCCUUCAAGAUCUGAUCAAGGGCAAGCAAAUGGCUCUUGCUGCGUUAACACAAAGUCCCCUGGAUAUUACGACAGUUACCGAACAAGACAACGAAGUUUCUUCCACGGUAUCUACAUUAUCCAGCGUCAGGUUCCGACUGAACGAAGAACCUACUCCACGAACAGAUUUCCAAGAAAUCAAAUCUAUGAAGCGGAUUCCAGUAUUCUCGCCUUCUGCAGCUCCCAGCACAGCAACCGAACCAUCAACGACUACAACAAUUACCACCACAACUACCACAACGGAGCUUCCACCAACAGCUCAAGACGAAACCAACUCCGUUGAAGACAUCAUUACACUCGAAAACCUCGGAGACCAUAACGAAAAUGUUGCCAUUUUCCCAACGGUUGAAAUCAAACAGCUUGCUCUUAAUCCAGUGCUUCCCACCGUCAAAGAGGAACGACUUCGACCCAUCAAAGGAAUAGCGUCCCGAAUACGCCCAGAUCUGAGCAAUUCCAAUAUUCGCACAGAGGAAAUCUUCUCCGGCACCAAUAAAAGACUAGAAUCUCUCAAACCGUACGCCACAGCCGAGCCAUGGCACUCAUCAACAUCCACUUCCGCCUCAUCAACCACUUUCAUUCCAAGCACUACAACUCGCGAGAAGUGGACUCCCUCAGCCGCCCUUCAAGGAAAAUAUCUCAACAGGUUCCAGCAAACCAAAUCUCGACAACGACCCACGGUAGCCGCGUCCUCCGACCCCAAUCCAGAAGAACAAACCGAACAGACUCUUCCCGAAACGGAAGCAGCCCCGAUCCUGAUAUCCUCCGAGCGCACCCUCAUGCGAGUCCCCACUGUUCGCAACCGGCUCUCUAUGAAGCUCAAAAUCCGAACUUCUACGGCGGCACCCUUCUCGGCUCAACCACAGUCCACCGAGAACCACCAACUCGCCGACAUAGAAUUCCACGACGAGUCCGAGAACGUCACCAAGCUGCUCGAAAGUGAAGAACCCGAGCUGAACAUCAUCGAAAAGUUCACCUCCUUCGAGGACACCAAGAGCGCCUCAAUCCCGCACUCGAGCUCCUCAUCCGAACCAUCAACCACCGAGUUCAGCGAAGACGACCUCAUCGAGCGAAUCAACCAGAACACCCAACGAUCCUUCACGGACAGCCUCGAGGAAUACUUCCGCGACGUCACCGAGAGCAACCCAUCGCUGUUCAACGAUCUUGGCCCACUCACCCUAUCCGAGGAUCGCAAAGAAAUCCUAGAGCUGAUGGAAGACCGACGCAUCGGCGCUCGUCUCGCUAAAGUUCUCUCCCAAAGAAACAUGACUCUGGAAGAACUCCUAGAACAUCGCAAACGAGGCUCUAGCCAAUUGCACCUCUCGGAAAUCAUCAACGGCAAAACCAGGCCUGUCGAAGACAACAUGGAUAUCGUCACGGCCUUCGAGCACUUCCCGCGGUUCAACCUGGGCAACCUGCGUAGCGUUCAGCCGGACGACAUCAAGCUCGACUCUCAGGGCUUCAGCUACUUCACGUCCAUCAUCAGCAUGCGACCCACGGACGAAACCUACAAGGAGGGUCGUUCGAUGCAUCACCGAGGUGAUCACAAGUUUCUCGAUUGGAAACUGCAACCACACCAGCAGCACCCAGCCAAUCACAAAAUGGACGGGAUCCAUUUUUUAGGUAACGGCGGAUCGAAGGGUGGGCUGAUAACCCCUUCGAGAAUGUCCGCCGACGCCGAGUUCGACAGCAGCCACGACCAACCCAGUAGUAGCGAUCUGCUCGAUCUGGAACUGACCGGCCACGGGUUCAACCACCGGCACACGGUAACCAUCGAGAGCGCCUCGAUGCCGCUGGGCGUCAAGUCGGCGAUCGUGGCCAGCUCGUGUAUUGUCGGCGUAUCGCUGGCCGUGUUUGCGUUGAUCUUCGUCGUGUGCCGAUGGCGCCAGCGGCGAAGAAACAAACUCAACUACACGGAGAACUUCAACAUGGCCAAGGGCCGGCUGCCAAUGAUGCACACCGAGAGUCUGAAGAACGAGCAGAUGCAGGUGUACACGACUCAGCAGUCGCUGCAUCAACAGCUUCCGCAACAACAGCAGCAGCAGCAACAUCAACAGUAUUCACAUCAUCAGCGUCAACGGAAGGACAGUAAGGUCAACACGAUGGAUCCCAACUCGCAGGAGGUGCAGGACUACCUGUGGGACACGAUGCGCAAACCGUUCCAGUAGGUGCUCCAUCAGACGCUGCAGGACAUCAUUUUGAAGCCAUACGUACUGCGCCGCGGAACAACUGAAAAUUUAGAUCCAAUGCCCACUCUGCAUCCAGAAAUCAGUAGAACAUGGGACGUCCCUGAAGACCCCCUAGUAGAUUCUCCACGGCCAACCGACUCAAAUCGGAAUAGAAAUUUAGCAGUUACUAUUUUCCAGUCCUUCCUUCCCUAGAUACUGUUCUGCUUAACUGUUCUUUCGAAUUCGACUAUCCAUCCGCACUAUCUGCUAUUAUUAUGAGUUCAUUUAUUAAUAAUAACCACGAUUCUGUGGAUGGGCACAACGUUACGAUUCAAUAUCCGCUUGAACGGGCACCCACCAUCUACAAACGACAAGGGCCAUGUCACUACAUGACAGUUGAUUGAUGCAAACAGGCAGCGGAAAAUGCGCGCGAAAAGAGAAAAAGUAGAGAGUAAUGAAAGCAAAUCAAUAAAAGGGCGCAAAAGUGAAAUGUAAUGAUCCAACAGAAAACGGGAGAUGGAUCGGAAACAUGCAACAACAAAAAUGCAUAAAACAAAUCAUAGGAAAGUAAGUGUGAACAAUGUGCAAUACAAAUAACGAGAAGCAUAAUCAUAAUCAUCCACAUCAUCGUAAUUGUCGGUGCAAGCGAUAAUAUCACCUGGCAUGUUAAAUAAAGCAACAGCGAGAUAUGUUUUAAUUUAGUACCUAGCAAACGCUAACACGGUGCUCCGUAGACCGUUAA